AUGCAAACUUUGGAACUCUUGGUCCUACCUGAUCGUGAUAACCUCAUCCGAAUCUUCGAUCUCUCUAACUAUUUCCGACAACCUGGAAAAAAUGUGUAUUCUGAUCUUUUAACAGAUAUCAAUUCCGCCGAUGCAUUCGGUGUGCACUAUGCGGCUCAAUCAUCGAUAAUGCAGACGACUUUACAGGCAAUUAGAAAACAGGCAGAAAUCGACAAGCACGAAAUAAAAACGAUCGAAGUGCAAAGCGAAGAAAACAUAUACAACGCUGAUGGGAACAAUACCCAUCAUUAUUCUUGUCCAUCAAUUGCAUUGACAUCCGUGGAAGAUUUCUGUUCGGAGAAUGGUUUCAAAGUUGGAAUCUCAUCAAUCCAGCCGACGAAGUUUGACGAUGAAAAACACUUCUUGACACCACAACUUGACUAUCCAAAUUAUAAACACACUUACAAUUCAUUCUCGGGAGUACCGAAUUCCUCCAGAAUCAUGUCAUUGCCCAAAUAUCUCGUUGGUCAUCAAAACUCAAACCAGCACAAUUCGUUGAAGUUGGUUCCCUUCGAUUAG